AUGACUUCUGUCGAGAUAUCUCCACUACACUCCGAACGGAUAUUUCCCACAAAAGCACCAACUGAGCGUGCAGUGCCACUUUCCCUCUUGGACGCAACUACGGCAGACUUUGCUUGUACAUGUCCUAUCUGGCUCUUCGAGCGUCCCGAUAAAGUUGACGAUGAAUUCGAUCUGGUGGAUCACUUUCGCCAGGCCCUACGCAUCACGCUUGACGCCUACCCCCACUGGGCGGGACAAUUGAAAAGCAUAUCUACUCUCCACCCUGCCAAACUAAAGCCGGAACAGCUUCGGUUUCCUCCCAAUGCACGUCGCUUUGGUCGGAUCUACUCGCAUUAUGGGACAUCAGAAGACCCCGGUGUCGAGUUCGUGACUGCGACUACCAACGCUACCCUCGAGACGCUGUCUCCGGCAUCACGUACAACAAAAUGCCCUUUGUUUGAUCGUGGAAAGGUCUCACUUACCGGUCUUGUUCCCUCUUUACGACUAGCCAAUUCCUUGGGACCUAACGCCGGCAACGAAGCCGGCUUCUUACCUCCCAUUAUUGCCAUCCAGCUGACCAAGUUGGCCUGUGGAGGCUUUGCGUUGGCAAUUAAGACUCUGCAUCCUUUGGCUGAUAUCCAGACUGUCAUCCAUUUUGUCCAAGAUUGGACAAAGAUCAGUCAAUGGAUUCUCUCGGGAUCACCAUCUCCAAAGCCCAAUUUGACUCCCCUGUUUGACCCGACACGGCUUGAUUCGAUGGCCGCAGGGGAUAUCAACGGCGAACAGCCCGACGCAGCAAUCAUUAACCAAGCUCUGAGUCUGCCUAUGCACCGGUAUGACUGGUGGGCUGCGCCAGCUCCGUGUCCCUGGGCCCCUGAAAUCCCACCGCCCUUCCGAGACCAGGAGCACACGCCAGUCGGCCCGGCCAUGCCCUGGUCAGAAUGGGACUUUGAUGGCUCCGUUUCUCAUUAUUUGGUCCAUCUGAAUCGCAACCAGGUGGAAAAGAUUUAUGCGGCUACUAUUGACGGGAGUAGCGAUGAUUACAUCGGGAGUCGGAUCAGUCGUCACGAUGCCGUUCUCGCCCAUAUUUGGUCGUGUAUCACUCGAGCUCGUCAACAAGGAGAAGACAGAGGCUUGGUACAUUGCGACCUUGCGUAUGGAACCCGUCCGGUACUUGGUCUCGGAGACAACUUCAUCGGGUCACCAUCGCUGAUGAUGAACAUUGAGAUGACGGGCGUGGAUCUGGCUUCUCCUGAUACCCCAGAGGCAGAGAGGAUGCCCUCAAUUGCGCGACACAUUCGCAACACGGUCAGCCAGAUCAGUGACAAGGCAGCCCUUGGCGCUCAUCUGCACAGUGUGGCGUAUGAGAAGACGCCGCAGCGAAUCUGGCAGGGAUUUCUCGGUCGGCGUCACCUUAUUGUGACGACCUGGGCUCGUGCGGGUCUCUAUGAGAUUGAUUUUGGGUUGAACUCGCUCCCCAGUAUUCGCUAUGCCGAGGGAGUAUUGCCGACGCUAGAUGGGGAUGUGUUGAUUAAAGACGCGCCGCCGUCAAAAGAUCAAGAUGGAUUGUCGGGUGCAAGAAGCUGGACUGAUUAUGGCGUUGAUGUCUCGCUGCAUCUUCGGACGGAGGAUAUGGAGCGGCUGAUUCGGGAUCCCUUGUUUCUUCCAUGA